GCGGCGCUACUUCAGCUGAUGCAUGGGAGUGUUUACUACUAGCUAAUUCCCUAGCAAGCGCACGGCUAGCUGGCUAGAGCCGGUUUCAACCGGCUUUAGAGCUACAGACACGCGAUCGUACAGCGACGUACGUCUAGGUAGGGAGGUUGUUGUGCUACGGGUCAGGUCAGCGUCGGAUUGAUGUGAGCAAGCUAUCAUGAUGGAUUUAUGCCAUACAUAGGUAGAAAACAUUUAGCUCCAUGAUCUUUCUUGACGUGAGAGUGUUCGGUGGUCACCUAAUAUUGCUUGAUUGAUUGGCCGCUUGGGUUUUCCCUUCGAAAUCAAUUGUGAAGUUGACGCCAACAACAUGGAAUCAACAGAGGUUAUAUUGACUGUAAGAGGAACCACCUCUCCCGACGAAGUUAUAGCAGCUGUGGGCAGCUGUGAGUCUCUGGGAAAUUGGUGUUAUCAGAAAGCUGUGACCUUAGAGCCUACAGAGGAGGACGGGACGCUCUGGAAAAAGACGAUUACUGUUCCACGAGGAGGUGUUACCAGUUACCGCUACUUCAAAGGAUUCUUUCUCGAAAAUAAGAGUGCAGGUGGCCCAUGUCAAGUCAUAGUCAAUAGAUGGGAGACCCAUCUACACCCUCGAGCAUUGAACCCCACAGAUGCCAACCUUGAGGUGGAUGAUGGGCAGUUUGGAUUCCACAACGGCACUGAGAAUGUGGACUCUGGCUGGCUCACCUGUCAAACGGAGAUUCGCCUGCGGUUGCACUACUCUCUCAAACCAGCCGUGUCCAUAACCAAGAAGAAGUUCAAGAAGUCCCGCUUCAGGCUCAAGCUGACAUUGGAGGGCGUGGAGGAAGAGGAAGACGAUGAGGAAGAGCAGCCGAGCCCAUCAUCGGCGACCUCAUGGCACAAGAUGGCGACAACGCUAGAGUUCGGCCUUAUCACAGCGGGCAGCUACAAGUCACGCCACUCCCAGCCCGAGUGUGGCUACGCCCUGGAUCCCACACAGUGGAUCGAGUACAGUAUCCAGACCAUGGACCCUGACAACCUGGAGCUCACCUUCGAGUUCUUUGAGGAGGAUAUGAGUGAGAAGGUGGUUCAGGAAGACAACCACCCUGGGCUCGUGGGCACGGCCUGCCUCCUGUCCUCCUUCUUCGCAGAGAGUGGCAAAGACACUGGCCUCAUCACCCUGCCCAUCAUAUACCGAAACUCUAGGCAGACCAUUGGCAAAGUCCGAGUGGACUACCUGGUGAUCCGGCCCAUCAAGGAUCUGCAGUGUGACAUGCAGGCGUCCUUCAGCAAGUACUGGAGGAAGAGGAGCACGCUGGACGUGGGACACAGGGGAGCCGGUAGCUCGCACACUGCCAAGCAUCACAGGGUCAGGGAGAACACCAUUGGCUCAUUUCUGAGUGCAGCCAAUCAUGGGGCUGCCUAUGUGGAGUUCGAUGUCCAUCUGUCUAAGGACUUUGUCCCAAUCGUCUACCAUGACCUGACCUGCUGCAUCUCCACCAAAAAGAAAAAAGACGACAAGAACAACUUGAUGCUGUUUGAGGUGCCUGUGAAAGACCUGACAUUUAACCAGCUGCAGCUCCUAAAGCUGGCCCACUCUGCCGCCAUGACUGUCAACGACCACAAAGAUGAUGAGGAGGAGGAGAUCGAUGAGCAUCAGCCGUUCCCUUCGCUCUCACAGAUCUUCCAGUCGGUUCCAGAACACGUGGGGUUCAACAUUGAGCUGAAGUGGAUCUGCCAGAAUCAGGAUGGCAGCUGGGAUGGGAACCUUUCCACCUACUUCAACAUGAAUCUCUUCAUGGACAUCAUUCUGUCCUGUGUGCUGCAGAAUGCUGGCAAGAGAAGGAUCCUCUUCUCCUCCUUCUGCCCAGACAUAUGCACCAUGGUACGUCAGAAGCAGAACAAGUACCCCAUCCUGUUCCUGACCCAGGGGGUGACCAGCAUGUACCCCGAACUCAUGGACAUCCGCUGCAAAACCACUCAGAUUGCCAUGAGCUUCGCCCAGAGCGAGAACAUACUGGGUAUCAGUGCGCACACUGAGGACUUGUUGAAGAGUAUGGAGUUCAUAUCUCAGGCCCAGUCGAGGGGGCUCGUGGUGUUCUGCUGGGGCGAAGACAACAACGACCACGAGAACAGACAUAAGCUGAGGGAGCAGGGCAUUGACGGAGUAAUUUAUGACAGAAUCUGCGACGACCAGAUGGAGCAGCCCAACAUCUUCCAGGUAGAGGAGCAGGUGUCUCUGCAGGAGGUGAUCCCCAAAGAGACGCUGCAGAGCUGCGCCUGCUCCACCUACAGCCUGCCCUGUGACAGCGUGCCCUGCCCCACGAGGGCCCAGACUGGCAGCGGAGAGUCUGACUCUGGCCUCAGCUCCUCCUGACCAGACCGCCACCACGCUACACCUUCAGAGACACACUGACACAAAACUCACCAAACGUCUUCAGAGACCUACACACACUCUUCACCAGAUAUCUUUAGAGCCCCCGCCCACACACACACACACACCACGCACACACACACACACACAUGGACCGUCCAUUGAGACUAAACCAUGGCAUAACGUCUUCAGAGACCUACACAUACACUUCUCCAGAUAUCUUUAGAGCCCCCCCACACACACACACACACACGCACACACACGUGGACCGUCCAUUGAGACUCAACCAUGGCACAACCUCAUAGAAUGUAUACCGACUUUCUCUCGGUCUCUCACACACACAAACACACAAAACCUCGACUGUCCAGUGUCCACACAGACACUUAUCGUACCGACUUUCUCUCGGUCUCUCACCCCCAGACACACACGCAACCUCACAGUCUAUCCAAAGACAGACACCCCCCCACACGCACAGGUCCUCACGGGCCUUCCACAAAGACCCUGUACCUGACUUAUGCACCGUCCAAUCAUUAGCCUUUUCCUCAGCGGCAUUACCCACUUUUCUAAAACUCGCCCCUGGUCUUCUUCAGGUCACUUCAGCCCGACCUGGUUUGGUUUGAUUCGGUUCAGCCCAGUCUAACCUGCCUAGGCCACAUUAUGAAAACCUGUCCUUAGUCCACUUUAGCUCACUUAAGCCUUCAUCCCUUCCUGGCCCACAUAGGUCCAGUCCAGGUUGGGUCAGUUCAACACUGUUUCACCUGCUGAGGCCAGCUGGUCACCCACAGGUCAUCACUCCGCAGCCAACCAAAUGCAGUUUUCGCCUCUACAGACACUCAUCUGCUGUUUAUUAGGACCGGAGAGGAUUCUGGUGCUUUGCCAAAACAGAGUUUGGUCUGACUCGGUUCUUUAUUCACUAUUUUUUUGUUUUGUUACUAAUGCUGGUAUUCAUUCUGUACCACAUAUUAUUAUUUUAUUUAUGUAAAAAAGCAAAUGAAGAGACUAGGAUAAGUAUUUAAAAAUAAGUGAUUGUAACUUUACCAUAUAAUUUUUACCAUAUUAGCUAAGUUGCAGCUAGUUGAUAAGCUUAAAAUCAUGUAGAUAAACUUUAUUUUAUUUAAAACUUUUUUUUAUGUUGAUUCCAAUCCGGCUAUACCUGUGCUAAAAUACCACCGUAUGACCCACUUGCUUCAGCAUGGCAAAAUAAUAUCCAUGGAUUUUGCAUGCUAGAAUUUCCUGAGCAUGAAUGAGAAACAUACCGUGUGCAAUUUAAUUUGCACAUGUUUUGUUUCACGAGCCUUGGUAACUUACCAGUAGUGCAUUGUAAAAGCUGAAUGUGAAUUUGAACAUCUGGGAAAAUUGAUACUGGAUCUACAUAUAAUAUAGAAAAUGGAUUAUGUUGUUACACCGACAGGUACAAUAUAAGAACUUCUAAAUGAAAGUUUAUGUGGAGCAGGUCAAAUUGGACUUGGCCUAUAGCCAUGUGUUGACUGCAAUAAACAAUAAGUCAGGUUUUUACAUUCAGUAUUUUCACAGAUGAAAUCCCAAAUCUCGCUUUGCUCUGUGUUGGCAGUCUUAGUCCUUGCAUUCUGCCCACUCUUCCAUAAAAUAAUUAAUGGAUUGCAUUUAAAGAAACACAUCUUACUGGACAGUGGGUAUGUGUCAGAUAACAGGUUUGGGUGUAUACCAUAUGUAGGCUAUGUUUGUUUUUCUGCGGUGAAUAGUUGCUGCUAUGCUUUGCUCUUGCCAUGCACUGCAUGUGCAUAUGUACAGUAUAUGGUUGCAAUUGAUAUAGUAUGUGUGCCUGUUUGUGAAGAGAGCAAGAUGUUCGACCCUUCAGCAGGAUGUAUGCAUCGACACUGCAAGAAUUACUGCAAUGAACCUUUUAAACUCCUGCCUCAGAGCAGACACUCAAAGAUCAAAUAAAAUCAUUCGGCUAAA